AUGGGAAGGUGGGUCAUAGAGAGGUGCAGUUGGGGGCACAAAUUGCAUUUGCUAUGGGGUUGUCGAGAUAUGUCGCAUAAGUGGCUAGGGCUGGUGUGGUGGUGGCGGUUAGCUACGGUGAGAUGGAGGAGUGGUGGUGAUUUGUGGUGGGGAAGCUUAGAGGGGAUGGAGAUGGAGAUGGCCUGGUGGUGGCCUGACGAUUUGGGGGAGCGAUUGUGGGGGGCUUGUGGUGGCCGUUUAGUGGUGUUGCGAGUCGCAAUGGAGGAGCUGCGGCCGGAGUUGAAUAGGGGAUGCGCGGGUUCCAGUGAAGGGUUGAGAAGGGAGCUGGAGUGGUGCUGGUCGUGGUUGGAGGUGAAAGGGAAAAGGGGAAGUGAAGGUGCAGGGAGAGUGGGGGCUGCUACACGGGGAAAAAGAGGGAUUGAGGAAGAGUGGAAGCAGGGAUCUCUAGGGGAAAUGGUGAGACGCGUGAGUGAAGGGGAAAAUGAAGGUGACGACCCAAAAUUUAGGUUAAAAUUAGGUCACUCAGCGCAUAAGAUGGGUUGGACCUUAAAAACUCUUUUGUUUUUUUUAUAA